CUGAACUGAUCAUUUCUGGCAUUACCCACUGCCUACAUCCUUCACUAUUCAGCCUUUAAAUACUGAGGUUGGGAGGCAAACUUUGGAUACAUCUUAAGCAUCAAAUGACUCAGAAGAAAGAAGAGAGAGAAAUGGAGAAGAAAGAAAGCCAUGGAGGUUACAAGAAAGGAGGGAUGAGAACAAUGCCCUUCAUCUUUGCAAAUGAGUUCUGUGAGAAGUUGGCCGUGGUUGGUUUUGGUACUAAUAUGCUUAGCUACUUGACACGACAGCUUCACUUGCCACUAACCAAAGCAGCCAACACUCUCACAAACUUUAGUGGCACCGCAAGCUUAAUACCUUUGCUUGGUGCCUUUAUCGCCGACGCUUUCGCUGGCCGGUUUUGGACCAUCACAGUCGCUUCCAUAAUAUAUCAAAUAGGAAUGACAUGCUUGACAGUAUCAGCAGUGCUACCUAAGCUAAGGCCACCACCAUGCCAUGGCAAUGAAGUGUGCCAAGAGGCAGAUUCAGGGCAGCUAGCCAUCCUCUAUGUGUCUCUGCUACUGGCAGCAAUAGGGUCAGGUGGAAUUCGUCCGUGUGUGGUAGCAUUCGGUGCCGACCAAUUUGAUGAAACCGAUCCAAAACAAAAGACUACCACAUGGAACUUCUUCAAUUGGUACUACUUCUGCAUGGGCUUUUCGAUGCUUUUAGCUGUGACAUUGAUUGUCUACACCCAAGAAACCAUUGGUUGGGGUUGGGGACUUGGAAUUCCAUCCAUUGCUAUGUUCUUUUCCAUCAUCACAUUCAUUGUAGCCUAUCCACUCUACCGCCACUUGGAUCCCUCUGGUAGUCCCUUCACUCGUUUGAUACAAGUCAUGGUAGCUGCCUAUAGGAAAAGAAAGCUUCCUAUGGUUCCAGAUCCUAAUUUGUUGUAUGAGAAUGAUGAGCUCGAUGCUUCAAUCUCCUUAACUGGGAAGCUUCUUCACUCUAAGCAAUACAGAUUUUUCGACAAGGCAGCAAUCAUGACAGAGAAGGACAAAGUUGGAUAUGGAAAGGAGCCCAAUUUAUGGAGGUUAUGUACAGUCCACAGAGUUGAAGAGCUAAAAUCCAUGAUUAGAAUGGGCCCAAUAUGGGCUUCUGGUAUCAUUCUCAUAACGGCCUUUGCACAACAAAACACCUUCUCUCUCCAACAAGCUCGUACAAUGAAUCGUCACCUCUCUCCUUCUUUCCAAAUCCCUCCAGGCUCCAUGACUGUAUUCACCAUGGUUUCCAUGCUCACAACUCUUUCCCUUUACGACCGCAUCAUCGUCCCGUUGGCUAGACGCUAUACCGGUCUCGAUAGAGGCAUCUCCUUCCUCCACCGGAUGGGCAUUGGCUUCGCAAUCUCUGUUUUCGCCACCCUUGUUGCUGGCUUCGUUGAGAUCAAACGCAAACAAGUAGCUUCUAUCAAUGGCCUUACAGAAAAGCCACAAGAAAUAAUCCCUAUUUCGUUCUGUUGGUUAAUUCCUCAGUAUGCUCUUCAUGGUAUGGCUGAAGCCUUUAUGUCCAUUGGACAUCUUGAAUUCUUAUAUGAUCAGGCACCGGAAAGCAUGAGGAGCACGGCGACGGCACUGUUUUGGAUGGCGAUUUCAUUGGGAAAUUAUGGUAGUACAAUUCUUGUGACGCUGGUGCAAGUGUUCUCAUCAGGGCGUUGGCUUCCAAACAAUAUAAACAAGGGGAAGUUGGAAUACUUGUACUGGUUGAUCACAUUGUUGCAGCUUUUGAAUCUCAUAUAUUACAUUCUCUGUGCUAAGUUCUAUAGAUGGAAGCCUAUCGAAACUCACCAAAAAGAGGUUGAUACCAACGAUGCCGGAAUUGAACUUUCCGGUAAGGUUUAAGUUUGCAGAUGAAGAAUGGCCAGCAGUAUAAUUGUGGUUCUCAUCCACGUUAAAGCUUCCAUCAUGAAUCAUCUCUCCACCAUUUCUAGCUAGGCAUAACACUGUAGGUCAGAACUUAUUUGUAAGGAUAUGUAAUAGAGAGAAUAAUAUAUAUAGCUAUGAUCAACCAGAAGUUGGAAUGUGUCCAGCAAGCGUUAUCAUUAUUCUGAUCAAGGCCUGUGUAUAUGUAGUGGAUGGCUAUGAAAUAUAAUUUCAAUCCUUCUUAUCUUUGAUCAGUCAAA